AUGGAAACGUCCCCAAAUAUUUCUAAACACGGGAAGGAUGACAUCCAAUCAGAAGGCCCAAUUCCAGAGGAGGACGAUCUUGCAAAUGCCCUCUGCAACGCAGAUCCCAACACCAACUGGGGGGCGGAGCCUAACUUCAACCUCAACCUCACUCUGACUUUGCCGAGAAACCCCCGCCCAACCACGGAGACCUCGAAGCCGCACGGAGGGAACAAAAUGGAUGAUGGGAAUAAAGGAGGUGGGGCAAAGGGAGCAGUUGCCACAGAAACAGGCAACCGAGGCGCCGGUGAACAGCAGACGCGAGCAAAGGCUGAAAUUCCCAAACCCCAAACGUACUUCUACACUCGGCCCCAAGACACACGGCAACAUGGUGGCGAGUCCAAAACCCCACCGAGGGGAAGAAACAACCAUCGCUGGCGGCCCCAGAACGACCGAAAGAGUCAAACCGCAAAACCAAAAUCACCAAAUCAGAGGACUGAAACGGCACUGCUCAGCACCAAGACUCCUCAAACAAGUUCCCUAUGCCCCAAACCACCCACACAGAGGAAAGCUUCAGGGACCAGAAACCGUAACGCAUCGGGGUCCAAGGAGAAUCUUGAUGGUAAAGAUUCAAGUGCUGGUUCUGGAUCCAAAACCAGUUCCAAAUCCAGUUCAAAUUCCAAAGCCGUGGACAGUCUGGAUUCUAAAAAAGGCUCAGAUUUUAAAGCCAGUCCCAACUCUAAAACAGCAAUGGGGUCCAAAGAUAGUCUGGAUUGUAAAAGCGGUUCUGCUCCCAAAACCAGUUGGGGCUCAAAGGACAGCUUAGACUCCAAAACUAGAUCUAAUUCCAAAGCCAGUCCCAAUUGGAAGUCCGGUUUGGGUUCCGGAGAUAGCCUUGAUUCUAAAACCGCAAUUGAAAUCAAACCAAGUAAAACCAGUCCAGAUUUUAAGACAGUUGUGGGUUCUAAAUCUGGCAUGGGGUCAAAAGACAACCUGGAUCCUAAAACUCUGAGUCCAUCAGACUCUAAAAACAGUUUCAAUCUUAAAACUAGUCCACGUUUUAAACCACCUUCUGAGUUGAAUCUCAGCUGUAAUUCUGGUGUCCUUUCCAGUUCUAAACCCUGUUCAACUUCUAAACCUUCUCUGCUGGCUUCUGGCUCUAACAUGGACCUUGUUGGAUCUGUCUCCCCAUCGUCACCUAGAACUGGUCUAUCGGGGUCCAAAGACAACAACAUCAAGGCUGCAAUCUCCAGUACUAAACUCAGUCCAGAUCCUAAAGCUACAGGUUCAGAUUGUUCUAAGCCUGGACCAGUUCGGUCGAGCUCAAAGUCAACUCUGGCAGAUUUGUCUCCCUCCUUGACGCUCUCUCCUCAACCAAGUCAAGCAAGUAGGAGUCCUGGGUCAGGUCCUGGCAAAACUCUUGCUUCUAGUCUGGCUGGACCACACAGAGAGGUUGUGAGGAGUCCUGGUUCAGCUCCAGGUUCUGGUGUGAUCUCAGGACUGCUGGCUCCUCGGGCCACCUCCAGCCCCAAAACCAGAACCACUGUUGCCGUGACAAUGACAAGCAGAUCCACACCAGAGCCUGCAGCAGUUGCAUCUGUUACUGUGGAAACAAACACCAGCAGGACACCCCAUAAUACCAGACUAAUUCGGGCUCUCAACUGUGACUCUACCACCAAGACAUCGGCGAAAACAGCUGUUGCCGACGAGGAAGAACAUUUGAAACUGCCGGAAACCAAAGUGACAGCUGCAGGAGGGCCGGCGGUAUCUCAGGGGGCCGUGCGAGGGGCAGAUAUGACUGACAACACAAGGUGGUUGCCAGGAGACAAGAGGAUACCACGUGCCCCGCAGAGCAAACCAAGUCACCUGGGAGACACAAAUGCCACCACCGCUGGUGGUGAGAGCAAGGAGGAAGAGAAGAAGAAGCAGGAGCGGGUUAAAAAGAAAGAUGGCGGAGGGAGUUCUCCUCCUCUCCCUUCUUCGUCUCUACUCCGUCCGAGCUCCAAGACGGUGAGGGAGACGGCGACCAUGACCGACCCCAGUGAGAGGCUUCUUUGUCAGGGAGGGGAGCGGAGAGAGGUGGGUGUCCAAGUGGAGUUGGAGGUGGUCGAACGCUUGGCUUCCACCGGCUCCAGCCUGCACGGGGGCGCUCCCUCUUCCUCCCUGAUUGGCUCCCCCAUCUGUCAGUCAGCUACCUCGCCAACGGAGCCGUCGCUGUGCUGCGUCCCCGCCGGGCAGCCGCCCGUCCAGCACGUCUGCAAGAUCGACAUCGAGCUGUGCCGGCAAUCGUCGCUUCCCUCCGUUAGCGGCGCUGACAGCGCGAGUUCCCUGCCCGCAUGUUUGCAUACGUACAGCUUCCAGCAGAGCCCCGCCCUCAAGCCAGAGCCACGACCCGGACAAAACCGAGACGCGAGUGCUGACAGCAUCUGGGAAGAGGAGGAAGUAUUGAGGGAGCAAAACAACAAGGAAGAGGAAGGGGAAAAGGCGACGAGGCCGCAGGAGGUGGCGUGGGACAAACAGGGGAGGACGUGGGAGGUUUACGGCGCCGCGGUGGACAUGGAGUCACUCGGCACGGCGAUCCAAUCCCACCUGGAGUCAAAGAUUCGGGAGCAGAAGAAGCACAUCCGGACUCUGAGGAAGUCCAUCUGCUCCGCCGCCACAGCGCAAGGGAGACUUGACGUCUCGUGUCAGCUGCUGGAGCUGAAGGACACCUGUUGCCACGGAAACGGGACCGGCGGGAAAAGAAGAAAAAAAACACCAAUAAAAGAGAAGCAGAAGAAGCCGGUCACAUAUGUCUCAGUGUACGAACUGUUCUGA